AUGCCGGAAUUCAUCAGCGUCACCUUCCCGAACGCAUCUACCGAGAUCAAUCCAAUCCCCAACGCCUCGAUUGAUCCAGAGUACCUCGUUCGAUACGCUCGCAACCUCGAUGAUUAUGGUUACAACUAUACACUAGUGCCCUACGACUCUUCAUCAUAUGAUCCAUUCACCAUCGGAGCCACCAUUCUCUCUGUGACCAAAAGCAUCAAGGUCAUCAUUGCCCUGCGACCCAACACCCUGUACCCUACAGUUGCGGCAAAGGCGCUCGCUACACUGGAUCAACUGAGUUCCGGUCGCGUCGUCGUUCACUUUAUCGCAGGCGGAAGUGAUGCAGAACAGGCCAAGGAAGGAGACUUCCUGGGCAAGGAUGAACGUUACGCACGCCUUGAGGAUUAUAUUAAGAUUCUCCGUCGUGCAUGGCAGUCCGACGAGCCCUUUAACUGGGACAGCAAAUACUACCAGUUCAAACAAUUCAGCAACCGCGUUCGGCCGACCAGCGGCACAAUCCCCGUCUCAGUCGGCGGCUCAUCGGACGAAGCAUACCGCAUUGGAGGCUCCCUGGCUGAUAUCUUUGGACUCUGGGGUGAACCUCUAAAAGAGACCAAGGACCAAAUUGAUCGCAUCUAUGCUGAGGCGGCGAAGGCCGGUCGCCCGGAGUCGGACAAACCUCGCAUCUGGGUGACCUUCCGUCCUAUCAUCGCGGAGACUGAAGAUCUCGCUUGGGCGAAAGCACACCAAACCCUCGACGCACUGACUACCAACCGUGCCAAAGGACAAGGAAAGGCCCCCGCGGAUGCGCCGCCCCCACAGAACGCAGGAUCCCAGCGCCUUCUUGAUAUUGCCGCCCGUGGGGAGGUCCAGGACCGAGCUCUUUGGUAUCCAACUGUCACCGCCACGAAUGCGCGUGGUGCAUCCACUGCUCUGGUUGGAUCGCCGAAGACUAUAGUAGAGUCCCUUCUGGACUACAUUGAUCUUGGAGCCGACCUCAUCUCUAUCCGGGGUUAUGAUAAUCUCAACGACGCCAUUGAUUAUGGACGGUUCGUGCUCCCUAAAGUUCGUCAGCUGUUACAGGAACGGGAGGACGGGGUUUCAAAAUAA